AUGGAGACGCAGAUCAACAGUGUGUGCCAGAGACACAAUCCCAACUACAAGGCUCUCUUCGUGUCAUGGAACGACAAUCAACGGCAACAGGGCAGCUGCUGGGGCAGCAACAUCACUGAUGCGCGACUCAAAGGCAAAGAUGGAGAGGAUUUUCUCGUCGUUAGGUCCCAGAACUUCAAUGAGCGCAUUGGACGCGUCAGGGCUGCGGAUGUGGCCCUGUUGGUGGGUGAGGGCACAUCUUUGGAGCCGAUUACCUUGGAACAGUAUUUAACCGACUUCUGGAAACAUGGCAGCUAUGCCGGUUCCAUCCCUGCCAAUACCUCUUUGUUGUCUGUCCGGGACAAGAGCGUGGGCAUGCGCUUUCAGGCAGUUUUUCUGCCUGUUGACAAAGGGCAGUUGUUUGGGAAAGGAGUGAAGGAGUUCUACCCGGAUACCUACAACUACCAGACCAGGAGCUGGGAUGAUCCCAAAAAUCUCAUCCUGUUGUGCACCUCCCAGGGCACUUUCGUACAGCAGGAUGGCCCUGGGAGUGUGCCGCAGUUCCUGCAUCAGCGCGACGCCGGAAACCACUAG